AUGCAUGGUAAGAACAUACGAUAAUGACAGAAAUAAAAUAUAAUCAUAGUCCAUCUAAGCAAGUCUCAUUGAGAUCAAAAGCAACAGUGAAGUCUGUUAUUGUGUACCAUUUAUAUAGUACACAAUGUUAUGUAUACACAGGAGUAACACUUUCUCUCUCUCUCUCCCUCUCCUCUCUCUCUCUCUCUCUCUCUCUCCUCCCCUCUCCUCUCUCUCUCUCUCUCGCUCCGUCUCUCCUCUCUCUCUCUCUCUCUCUCUUCCUCUCCUCUCUAUCUCUCUCUCUCUCCUCCUCGUCUCUCUCUUCUCUCUCUCGUCUCCUCUCUCUCUCUCUCUCUCUCUCUCUCUCUCUCUCUCUCUCUCUCUCUCUCUCUCUCUCUCUCAAUCACUCACUCACUCACUGUCUGUGUCCAGUUCAAGAGGAUGUUGAACAGGGAGCUGUCUCACCUGUCUGAGAUGAGUCGCUCAGGGAACCAGGUCUCUGAGUUCAUCUCCAGCACCUUCUUAGGUAAGACUGACUGACCUUGCUGUUGUGUUAUUUUCAGUACUUAUAACAACAAGUUCAAGUCGAAUCAAAGUUUAUUGGUCGCGUACACUGUUUAGCAGAUGUUAUAGCGGGUGCAGCGAAAUGCUUAUGUUACUAGCUCCUGACAAUGCAGUAAAAUGUCAAACAGGUGCACAAACAAUCAAUUUACAAAACAAAUAAACUGAAAGAACAACAAGAACAACAAUACCAAUCCUCCAAGGUCCCCAAACAGUCCCCAGUCUCCAAGGUCCCCAAACAGUCCCCAGUCUCCAAGGUCCCCAAACAGUCCCCAGUCAUCAAGGUCCCCAAACAGUCCCCAGUCUCCAAGAUCCCCAAACAGUCCCCAGUCUCCAAGGUCCCCAAACAGUCCCCAGUCUCCAAGGUCCCCAAACAGUCCCCAGUCUCCAAGGUCCCCAAACAGACCCCAGUCGCCAAGGUCCCCAAGUUCCCAAACAGACCCCAGUCUCCAAGGUCCCCAAACAGUCCCCAGUCUCCAAGGUCCCCAAAUAGUCCCCAGUCUCCAAGGUCCCCAAAUAGUCCCCAGUCUCCAAGGUCCCCAAACAGUCCCCAGUCUCCAAGGUCCCCAAACAGUCCCCAGUCUCCAAGGUCCCCAAAUAGUCCCCAGUCUCCAAGGUCCCCAAAUAGUCCCCAGUCUCCAAGGUCCCCAAACAGUCUCCAGUCUCCAAGGUCCCCAAAUAGUGCCCAGUCUCCAAGGUCCCCAAAUAGUCCCCAGUCUCCAAGGUUCCCAAGCAGUCCUCAGUCUCCAAGGUCCCCAAACAGUCCCCCGUCUCCAAGGUCCCCAAAUAGUCCCCAGUCUCCAAGAGACAAGCAAAGAGUCUCAAUUACUCAGUCCACAAAUGUCCCCUGAAACUGAAACUCCCAAUCCCCAAAAAGCCUCAAAAUAAUGAUGUUUUAUUAAAAGCUACCACGGGCGACGUGCAUGUGUGUGUUGGAUAGUCAAUAAGGGCCUAUCCUAACUUCAGAUCAGUGUGCGUUACUCAAGUCUCCAGUUGACCUCACUAGAGGUCUGUGCAUAGUAAAGCGUUGCUCUGCCUUCUUAACAACACUAUCAACAAGGCAGGUCCUACAGGCCCUAGUUUUGUCGCACCUGGACUACUGUCCAAUCGUGUGGUCAGGUGCUACAGAGAGGGACCUCGGAAAAUUACAAUUGGCUCAGAACAGGGCAGCACUGCUGGCCCUUAAAUGUACACGGAGAGCUAACAUCAAUAAUAUGCAUGUAAAUCUCUCAUGGUGUCACGACUUCCUCCGAGGCUGCCUCCUCUCUUUGUUCGGGCAGGCUUCAGUGUUCAUCGUCACCGGCCUUCUAGCCACUGCCGCUCCUCAUCUCAUCAUUCCAUUUGUUUUGUCUUGUUUAUUACACACACCUGGUUCAUAUACCCUCAUCAGUACCUGUAUAAGUGUUCCCUCUGCUCCCUUGUCUUUGUGUGUGAUUGUUUAUUGUGGAGGAGAGAGAAGCUCGGUGGAGCUCCAUGUAUUUUGUAUCGCCGGGAAUAUUCCCUGUGUGCCUUGUAAUUUCCAGUUUGCCUGUUUUGCGCACUGGAGUGUUUUUACGCAUUUCUGCGUAACUCUGUGGUUCAGAAUAAAUCCUGUUAUUCUGUGAUUUACCCUCCUGCGCCUGACUCCUUUUAAAUCACCUCAUCACACAUGGCUCAAAGUAGAGGAGAGAUUGACUUCAUCACUACUUGUAUUUGUAAGAAAUAUUGACAUGUUGAAUGCACAGAGCUGUCUGUUUAAACUACUAGCACACAGCUCAGACACCCAUGCAUACCCCACAAGACAUGCCACCAGAGGUCUCUUCACAAUCCCGAAGUCCAGGGCAGACUAUGGGAGGCGCACGUUACUUCAUAGAGCCAUGACUACAUGGAACUCUAUUCCACAUCAAGUAACUCAUGCAAGCAGUAAAAUCAGAUUUAAAAAACAGAUACAAAUACACCUUAUGGAACAGUGGGGACUGUGAAGAGACACACACAGGCACAGACACACGCAUACACACACACACACACACACACACACACACACACACACACACACGAUAACAUACGCACAAUACACACACGUACACAUGGAUUUUGUAUUGUAGAUAUGUGGUAGUAGAGAAGUGGCCUGAGGGCACACACUUAAUGUGUAGUGAAUUCUGUUGUGAAAUGUAAUGUCAUGUUUUUUAUUUAUUGUAAAUAACUGCCUUAAUUUAGCUGGGGAUCCAUAAAGAAUAAAAAUACAUGAUUAGGAGACAGUGUGAUGUUAAUUUGGCCCUAAAAGCACAAAAUAGCCCCCCCCCCCAAAAAAAAAAAAACUUUGUGUAUUGUCUAAUGCUCCUAUAUCUAUUUCCUUCUUCUCUCCCCCCCCAGACAAGCAGCAUGACGUGGAGAUGCCAUGUCCACAGACGCAGAAGGAGAGGACGGACAAGAAGAAUGCCAAGCCCAUGUGUCAGAUCAGUGGGGUGAAGAAGCUGCAGCACAGCACCAGCCUCUCCAACUCUAAUAUACCCCGCUUUGGGGUCAAGACCGACACAGAGGACCAACUGGCUACGGUGAAGGAGCAUUUUGACUUUAUAUUGACAUUUUAGUCAUUUAACAGACGCUCUUGGCUUCUCUCAGCUUGAGCGACUUACAGUCAGUGUAUUCCAGGAAGGUUAAACAGGAUCGGUCUGAUCAUCAUGGCAUGCUUCUGUUUAACAGAAUAAAGUAAAUGAAUUAUCUGGUAUUACCUUAGGAAAUACUGCUGUUGUGCCCUUGAGCAAGGCACUUAACCUCUACACAGCUACAUAAUUUUUUGGCUGGGCUUUUAUCUGGACUUUUCCCAAGGUGAAGAGCAGCCUGACCCGGGCCUCUUCAUCGUAUGCCAUUCUAUUUGUAUUCUAGGUGUUAUCCCACUGAUCCUUGUUGAUAGGACCGUCCCUCACCGUUGUAGCUAGCUAGAGCAUGUUCUAGUGCUUAUUAAACUUCUAGCACUCAUCACCGAUCGGGAUUUAGGCUGAAAUUGAUUUGAUCAAGUUGGCAGUAAUAGAUGUCCCACACAGUGAUGAGGACUACAUUGAUACUACUGAGAUCCAGGUAAUAGGAUGCCUUAAAGGGUCACCUAUGUAAUGUUACACCACAGUGGUUUGCUGAUUGGUAGGUCUAACUGAGGUCUAACAGUCUGACAACUGAGGUCUAACAGUCUGACAACUGAGGUCUAACAGUCUAACAACUGACAGACAGUGCCGAUUUACAUAUAAUGCCGUUUUGAUUGAAUUCCAGCUUAUGCCUGAUAUAAUUUCAGUUAUGGAAAAUGUGUGUUUAUGUAUACUAAACACAAAUAUAAACGCAACAUGUGUUGGUCCCAUGUUUCAUGAGCUGAAAUAAAAUAUCCCAGAAAUGUUCCAUAUGCACAAAAAACGUAUUUCUCUAAAAUGUUGUGCACAAAUUUGUUUAGAUCCCUGUUAGUGAGCAUUUCUCCUUUGCCAAGAUAAUCCAUCCACCUGACAGGUGUGGCAAAUCAACAAGCUGAUUAAACAGCAUGAUCAUUACACAGGUGCACCUUGUGCUGGGGACAGUAAAAGGCCACUCUAAAAUGUACAGUUUUGUCACAGAACACAAUGCCACAGAAUUCUCAAGUUUUAAGGGAGCGUGCAAUUGGCAGGCUGACUGCAGGAGCUCUUGCCAGAGAAUUGAAUGUUAAUUUCUCAACCAUAAGCCGCCUCCAACAUCGUUUUAGAGAAUUUGGCAGUACUUCCAACCUGCCUCACAACUGCAGACCACAUGUAUGGCGUCGUGUGGGCGAGCGGUUUGCUGAUGUCAACGUUGUGAACAGAGUGCCCCAUGGUGGCGGUGGGGUUAUGGUAUGGACAGGCAUAAGUUAUGGACAACGAACACAAUUGAAUUUUAUCGAUGGCAAUUUGAAUGCACAGAGGUACCGUGACGAGAUCAUGAAGCCCAUUGUCGUGCUAUUCAUCUGCCGCCAUCACCUCAUGUUUUAGCAUGAUAAUGCACGGCCCCAUGUUGCAAGGAUCUGUACACAAUUGCUGGAAGCUGAAAAUGUCCCAGUUCUCCCAUGGCCUGCAUACUAACCAGACAUGUCACCCAUUGAGCAUGUUUGGAAUGCUCUGGAUCGACGUGUACGACAGCGUGUUCCAGUUCCCACCAAUAUCCAGCAACUUCGCACAACCAUUGAAGAGGACUGGGACAACAUUCCACAGGCCACAAUCAACAGCCUGAUCAACUCUAUGUGAAGGAGAUGUGUCACGCUGCAUGAGGCAAAUGGUGGUCACACCAGAUACUGACAAGUUUUCUGAUCCACGCCCAUACUUUUUUUUUGAAGGUAUCUGUGACCAACAGAUGCAGAUCUGUAUUCCCAGUCGUGAAAUCCAUAGAUUAGGGCCUAAUGAAUUAAUUUCAAUUGACUGAUUUCCUUAUAUGAACUGUAAAUCUUGGAAAUUGUUGCAUGUUGCGUUUAUAUUUGUGUUCAGUGUAUAUAUACUGUAUACUGUCUCUUAAUUAUGUGUUUGGGUGAAAGUGGUGUGUCUAAAAUGGACUUGGUGUCUGAUUUCAGGAGCUUGAGGACAUCAAUAAAUGGGGCCUUAAUCUUUUUAAAGUCACCGAGCUUUCAGGAAACCGGCCUUUAACAGUCAUGAUGUAUACAAUUUUCCAGGUGAGGACGUUUAUACAAAUAUAAAAACCUUUAUAGAAACUGUUGUUUUACCUUGCUGGAAUAUAUACAGCUAACUAUGUGUGUGCGCGUGCGUGAAUGUAUGUGUGAAUAGCAGUCAGUUGCUCCGUUAUUCUAACUUCCAGUUUUGACAGUGUCCCAUUUUUCUCACAUUUUCAGGAAAGAGAUUUAUUAAAAACAUUCAAAAUACCAUUAGACACCUUUAUAACCUACCUGAUGACUCUAGAAGACCAUUACCACGGCGAUGUAGCCUAUCACAAUAACAUCCAUGCUGCUGAUGUCACCCAGUCCACUCACGUGCUGCUGUCCACGCCUGCUCUAGAGGUAGGGGAAUGUACCAUCUCCGUCGCUUUAUGGGGGGAACCUUUGUUGGGAGAAUUUGAUACAGUGUUGUUAAUAUGGCCCCGUCUUUUUACUUUUUGGCUUAUGUUUUGUUAAUAUUGUGAGUUUUAAACAUACACUAAUUAUAUUAGUUUUUAUAUUUUGUCUUGUUUAAAACUGGCUUUAAAUGUAACCUUAGUUGUGUUCAUUAGGGCAGGCAAUAGAAAACGUUUUAAAACAAUAACAAAAAUUGCUAUUUCUUAUUAGGCAGGUCCAGGUAGUCCCUCUCUGUUUCAAGCUGUUUUCUUCCGUUUUGAACAUGACCCUGGUUUUGACAUACGGUGAGAUUGUACCUUUUUGUCCUGAAGUGCUGCACAUGUAGAUUACUCCACCUCUUUUCUUCAUAGGCUGUGUUCACAGACCUGGAAAUCCUAGCUGCAAUCUUUGCCAGUGCUAUUCAUGACGUCGACCACCCUGGGGUCUCCAACCAGUUUCUCAUCAGCACCAGUAAGUGGCCUUUCCAAUGCUGUGCAGUUAUGAGCUUUUCUGCCUUCCAUGCAGUGCUGUUUCCUUUAUCACAAUGCUAAUGUCGAUGGCUGUUUUAACAUGGGCUUCUCUCUUCUGGGUUUGACUGAUUAUUUUACACACACAGUGAGUGGCAGAAGGGUUUGCUGCCGACACAUGGCGUAUUUCAUAAACUCACUUUAAUCCCCCCCCCCACACACACGUGUGCGCACACAAACAUACUGGCACACAUAUAGAGAAGACAGACGGACAGACGCACACACACACACACACACACACACUUGGAUCCAUCUCACUGCGGGGAAUUCCCCCUCAGUAGACAUGCAGAUAGGAGGCUAUGAUUCUACAUGAGGUCAUUGUAGAGGAGACAGAGACUUCUAUCAUUCCAAGACUUCAAGUCUGUGUGUGUGUGUGUGUGUGUGUGUGUGUGUGUGUGUGUGGACGGACGGACGGACGGACACUCCCUGACUGGGUUAGCAGCCCCAAAGCUACUCAGUCAUGAAUCCAUCUUAUAAAGAAGGUUGGAAAAUGUACUGUGACAUGGAAUACACAGAAUACAUGCAAUACAUAGAAUCCAUGCAAUACAUGGAAUAAAUAGAAUACAUUAAAUACAUGGAAUACAUAGAAUACAUGGAAUAAAUAGAAUACAUGAAAUACAUGGAAGACAUAGAAUACAUGGAAUAAAUAGAAUACAUGGAAUACAUAGAAUACAUGGAAUAAAUAGAAUACAUGAAAUACAUGGAAUACAUAGAAUGCAUGCAAUACAUAGAAUACAUUCAAUACAUACAGUACCAGUCAAAAGUUUGGACACACCUACUCAUUCAAGGGUUUUUCUUUAUUUUUACUAUUUUCUACAUUGUAGAAUAAUAGUGAAGACAUCUAAACUAUGAAAUAACACAUAUGGAAUCAUGUAGUAACCAAAAUAGGGUUAAACAAAUCAAAAUAUAUUUUAUAUUUGAGAUUCUUCAAAUAGCCAUCCUUUGCCUUGAUGACAGCUUUGCACACUAUUGGCAUUCUCUCAACCAGCUUCACCUGGAAUACAUUUCAAUUUAACAGGUGUGCCUUCUUAAAAGUUAAUUUGUGGAAUUUCCUUCCUUCUUAAUGCGUUUCAGCCAAUCAGUUGUGUUGUGACAAGGUAGGGGGGGUAUACAGAAGAUAGCCCUAUUUGGUAAAAGACCAAGUCCAUGUCUGCUAAAUGACGUAAAUGUAAUGUAAUAUUAUGGCAAGAACAGCUCAAAUAAGCAAAGAGAAACAACAGUCCAUCAUUACUUUAAGACAUGAAGGUCAGUCAAUAAGGAACAUUUCAAGAAAUUUGAAAGUUCUUCAAGUGCAGUCGCAAAAACCAUCAAGCGCUAUAAUGAAACUGGCUCUCAUGAGGACCGCCACAGGAAUGGAAGACCCAGAGUUAACUCUGCUGCAGAGGAUACGUUCAUUAGAGUUACCAGCCUCAGAAAUUGCAGCCCAAAUAAAUGCUUCACAGAGUUCAAGUAACAGACACAUCUCAAUAUCAACUGUUCAGAGGAGACUGUGUGAAUCAGGCCUUCAUGGUCGAAUUGCUGCAAAGAAACCACUACUAAACGACACCAAUAAGAAGAAGAGACUUGCUUGGGCCAAGAAACACGAGCAAUGGACAUUAGACCGGUGGGAAUUUGUGUUUAAAGCUGUCAUCAAGGCAAAUGGUGGCUAUUUGAAGAAUCUCAAAUAUAAAAUAUAUUUUGAUUUGUUUAACACUUUUUUUGUUACUACAUGAUUCCAUAUGUGCUAUUUCAUAGUUUUGAUGUCUUCACUAUUAUUCUACAAUGUAGAAAAUAGUAAAAAUAAAGAAAAACCCUUGAAUGAGUAGGUGUGUUCAAACUUUUGACUGGUAGUGUAGAAUACAUGCAAUACAUAGAAUACAUGGAAUACAUGUAAUACAUUGAAUACAUGGAAUACAUAGAAUACAUGGAAUACAUGGAAUACAUGGAAUACAUACAAUACAUACAAUACAUGGAAUAUAUGGAAUACAUACAAUUCUCUGCCAUGAAGCCUGGUCCCAGAUCGGUAUGUGCUGAAUAGCCAACUCCUAUGAACAUUGACAUGAACACGUUUGGCGUGACAAUGACAAUAUAGUUGGCUUGCAAGACAAAUGAACUCAAUUCAAGCUAAAUGGUAUUGUAGAUAGAAUGAAGGGUAAUUGGAUUCCUAUUGAAACCUAAUUCUUAGUAUAAGAUUAUACAAUGUUGGGAUUGGACUGUCUGUCCUCUAGGCAGAGUGAACUGAUUUUAAUCCUCCCCAGUAAAACAAUCGUCAUAUGACAUAACAUGUAUUAGCCCAGCCGCCAAGGCAACAAAUGAAUUGGACCCACCCUUUGGAAGCCGUGGGUGUGUUUGACUGUGUGUGUGUGUGUGUGUUUGACUGUGUGUGUGUGUUUGACUGUGUGUGUGUGUUUGACUGUGUGUGUGACUGUGUGUGUGUGUUUGACUGUGUGUGUGUCUGUGUGCGUGUGUGUGUGUGUGUGUGUGUAACAGCUGUCCAGUGAAGACAAGAAGACUGGUCUCGGCACCAGUGGAACAGAUGUGAUCGUACUUCGCAACUCUCUUGCGUUCUGUUUUUUAACUGUCCAGCCAGCGAUCCAAGUUGAUUGGUGUUUAUUCUGACGAUAGACACAAGGAAGCACAUUAGAUGUGCAGGACAACAGUAUGUUGAUGGCUGUAGAUUCAUCUGUAGCAUGGAAAUAACAGAAUUAGCAGGGAGAUAAUGCAACCAUUACAAUUAGAGCAUGCUAGCUAACUCGCUCUUUCAGCAAUAACAUACAAAACCACAUCCCAGGAUGCCCCCAAUAUUUAACAGGUACCGUACACAUACACUGAGUGUACAAAACAUUAAGGACACCACUCUUUCCGUGAUAUAGACUGACCAGGUGAAUCCAGGUGAAAGCUAUGAUCCCUUAUUGAUGUCACUUGUUAAAUCCACUUCAAUCAGUGUAGAUGAAGGAGAGGAGACAGGUUAAAGAAGGAUUUUUAAACCUUGAGACAAUUGAGACAUGGAUUGUGUAUGUGUGCCAUUCAGAGGGUGAAUGGGCAAGACAAAACAUUGAAGUGCCUUUGAACGGGGUAUGGUAGUAGGUGCCAGGCACACCAGUUUGUGUCAAGAACUGCAAUGCUGCUGGGUUUUUCAUGCUCAACACAACCAACACUGUUACACGUACGUCCGUGUGAUGGAGAUAAAUAUAUAUUUGACUUGUGAUUAGCCAGAGGAGCAGUAGGCAUUGUGAUGAGCUAUAGUAGGAGGGUUCAUUCUGUCCCAAUAACACACAAAAACAACUUUUUGGAAAGCAGCCAUUUGUUUGGCUACAUUAUUCACUUUAUUCACAUGAUUCACUUUAUUCAAUGUGCAACGUGUAGAAAGAGAAAUACCAGAUCAAAUCUACACACACUCGCCAAAAUGUACAUGCUUCUAUAUAAAUACCUAAUAAAUAUUACCUUGGAAAAGUAUCUUACUAUAAUAUUACAAAUGUCGUCAGAGAAACAGCUUCCUAACCAUGUGCUGGUAUUGUCUGUUUGUUUCCCUCCAGACUCGGAGCUGGCCCUCAUGUACAACGACUCGUCAGUCCUGGAGAACCACCACCUGGCUGUUGGCUUCAAGCUGCUUCAGGAAGAGAACUGUGACAUCUUCCAGAACCUGACCAAGAAACAACGGCAGUCCCUCAGGAAGAUGGUCAUAGACAUGGUGAGUGGAUGGAUAGAUGGAUUGGUGGAUGGGUGGUUGAAUAAAUAGAUGGAUGGAUUAACUUAGCAAGUGAAUCGAUUAAUGAAUUAAUGAAUUAUCUAAUGAGUGAGUGUGUGAGUUCCAGCCUAGCACCCAAUUGAACUGAUCCAACGUGAGAUUACUGUUUGUCUCUGUAGGUACUAGCUACUGACAUGUCCAAGCACAUGAAUCUCCUGGCUGACCUGAAGACCAUGGUGGAGACCAAGAAAGUCACCAGCUCUGGAGUGCUGCUACUAGAUAACUACAACGACAGAAUACAGGUAGGCUGCAACUGCUACUACAUACAGUGGGGGAAAAAAGUAUUUAGUCAGCCACCAAUUGUGCAUGUUCUCCCACUUAAAAGAUGAGAGAGGCCUGUAAUUUUCAUCAUAGGUACACGUCAACUAUGACAGACAAAUUGAGAAUUUUUUUCUCCAGAAAAUCACAUUGUAGGAUUUUUAAUGAAUUUAUUUGCUAAUUAUGGUGGAAAAUAAGUAUUUGGUGACCUACAAACAAGCAAGAAUUCUGGCUCUCACAGACCUGUAACUUCUUCUUUAAGAGGCUCCUCUGUCCUCCACUCAUUACCUGUAUUAAUGGCACCUGUUUGAACUGGUUAUCAGUAUAAAAGACACCUGUCCACAACCUCAAACAGCCACACUCCAAACUCCACUAUGGCCAAGACCAAAGAGCUGUCAAAGGACACCAGAAACAAAAUUGUAGACCUGCACCAGGCUGGGAAGACUGAAUCUGCAAUAGGUAAGCAGCUUGGUUUGAAGAAAUCAACUGUGGGAGCAAUUAUUAGGAAAUGGAAGACAUACAAGACCACUGAUAAUCUCCCUCGAUCUGGGGCUCCACGCAAGAUCUCACCCCGUGGGGUCAAAAUGAUCACAAGAACGGUGAGCAAAAAUCCCAGAACCACACGGGGGGACCUAGUGAAUGACCUGCAGAGAGCUGGGACCAAAGUAACAAAGCCUACCAUCAGUAACACACUACGCCGCCAGGGACUCAAAUCCUGCAGUGCCAGACGUGUCCCCCUGCUUAAGCCAGUACAUGUCCAGGCCCGUCUGAAGUUUGCUAGAGUGCAUUUGGAUGAUCCAGAAGAGGAUUGGGAGAAUGUCAUAUGGUCAGAUGAAACCAAAAUAUAACUUUUUGGUAAAAACUCAACUCGUCGUGUUUGGAGGACAAAGAAUGCUGAGUUGCAUCCAAAGAACACCAUACCUACUGUGAAGCAUGGGGGUGGAAGCAUCAUGCUUUGGGGCUGUUUUUCUGCAAAGGGACCAGGACGACUGAUCCGUGUUAAGGAAAGAAUGAAUGGGGCCAUGUAUCGUGAGAUUUUGAGUGAAAACCUCCUUCCAUCAGCAAGGGCAUUGAAGAUGAAACGUGGCUGGGUCUUUCAGCAUGACAAUGAUCCCAAACACACCGCCCGGGCAACGAAGGAGUGGCUUCGUAAGAAGCAUUUCAAGGUCCUGGAGUGGCCUAGCCAGUCUCCAGAUCUCAACCCCAUAGAACAUCUUUGGAGGGAGUUGAAAGUCCGUGUUGCCCAGCGACAGCCCCAAAACAUCACUGCUCUAGAGGAGAUCUGCAUGGAGGAAUGGGCCAAAAUACCAGCAACAGUGUGUGAAAACCUUGUGAAGACUUACAGGAAACGUUUGACCUGUGUCAUUGCCAACAAAGGGUAUAUAACAAAGUAUUGAGAAACUUUUGUUAUUGACCAAAUACUUAUUUUCCACCAUCAUUUGCAAAUAAAUUCAUUAAAAAUCCUACAAUGUGAUUUUCUGUAAAAAAUAAUCUCAUUUUGUCUGUCAUAGUUGACGUGUACCUAUGAUGAAAAUGACAGGCCUCUCUCAUCUUUUUAAGUGGGAGAAUUUGCACAAUUGGUGGCUGACUAAAUACUUUUUUCCCCCACUGUAUAUAGCCACCCUGCAGGCAAAACUGAUUGCAACAACGUCUUCUUUUUGUAAUGUCACGGUCAGGUUGUAUACUGACUCUAAAAAGAAAUAUUUUUAGUUACCACAAAAAUACAUCUUUACCUGACCCUCUCAUCGUCUCCCUCCCUCCAUCUCUUUAUCUAUUUCUCUCUUUCUCAAUGGCGUUGUUGCCAUGGGGCAGAGGGAAACGCCAGUGCUCUCUCUCCAGAAUGUUUUAUGUGCAGUAUGAUGCCAGAGGUUUGCAGUUUAACUUUUAACUGUUGCUUCUUUUGCAGGUGUAUAUACACUGAACAAAAAUAUAAACGCAACAUGCAACAAUUUCAAAGAUUCAUUAGGCCCUUAUCUAUGGAUUUCACAUGACUGGGAAUACAGAUAUUCAUCUGUUGAUUACAGAUACCUUAAAAAAUAAAGUACGGACGUGGAUUAGAAAACCAGUCAGUAUCUGGUGUGACCACCAUUUGCCUCAUGCAGCACAACACAUCUACUUCGCAUAGAGUUGACCAGGCUGUUGAUUGUGGCCUGGGAAAUGUUGUCCCACUCCUCUUCAAUGGCUGUGCGAAGUUGCUGGAUAUUGGCGGGAACUGGAACACGCUGUCGUACACGUCGAUCCAGAACAUCCCAAACAUGCUCAAUGGGUGACAUGUCUGGUGAGUAUGCAGGCCAUGGAAGAACUGGGACAUUUUCAGCUUCCAGGAAUUGUGUACAAAUCCUUGCAACAUGGGGCUGUGCAUUAUCAUGCUGAAACAUGAGAUGAUGCCGGCGGAUGAAUGGCAUGACAAUGGGCCUCAGGAUCUUGUCACGGCAUCUCUGUGCAUUCAAAUUGCCAUCGAUAACAUGCAAUUGUGUUUGUUGUCCGUAGCUUAUGCCUGCCCAUUCCAUAACCCCACCGCCACCAUGGGGCACUCUGUUCACAACGUUGACAUCAGCAUACUGCUCACCCACACAACGCCAUACACGCUGUCUGCCAUCUGCCCGGUACAGUUGAAACCCGGAUUCAUCCGUGACAGUGGCCAUCGAUAGUGAGCAUUUGCUCACUGAAGUCAGUUACAACACCGAACUGCAGUCAGGUCAAGACCCCGGUGAGGAUGACGAGCACGCAGAUGAGCUUCCCAGAAAUGGUUUCUGAUAGUUUGUGCAGAAAUUCUUCGGUUGUGCAAACCCACAGUUUCAUCAGCUGUCCGGGUGGCUGGUUUCAGACGAUACCGCAGGUGAAGAAGCCUGAUGUGGAGGUCCUGGGCUGGCGUGGUUACACGUGGUCUGCAGUUGUGAGGCCGGUUGGACGUACAGCCAAAUUCUCUUAAAUGAUGUUGGAGGCGGCUUAUGGUAGAGAAAUGAACAUUCAAUUAUCUGGCAACAGCUCUGGUGGACAUUCCUGCAGUCAGCAUGCCAAUUGCACACUCCCUCAAAACGUGAAACAUCUGUGGCAUUGUGUUGUGACAAAACUGCACAUUUUAGAGUGGCCUUUUAUUGUCCCCAGCACAAGGUGCACCUGUGUAAUUAUCAUGCUGUUUAAUCAGCUUGUUGAUAUGCCACACCUGUCAGGUGGAUGAAUUAUCAUGGCAAAGGAGAAAUGCUCACUAACAGGGAUGUAUACAAAUUUGUGCACAAAAUUUGAGAGAAAUAAGCUUUUUGUGCGUAUGGAACAUUUCUGGAAUCGUUUAUUUCAGCUCAUGAAACAUUGGACCAACUACAUGUUGCGUUUAUAUUUUUGUUCAGUAUAUAUGUGAGGACUGGGGUUUUAAAUUCUAAUUCGCUCUUCACCCACUCUCAGGUCCUCCAGAACAUGGUGCAUUGUGCGGAUCUCAGCAACCCUACCAAGCCCCUGCAGCUGUACCGCCAGUGGACGGACCGCAUUAUGGAAGAGUUCUUCAGCCAGGGGGACAGGGAGAGGGAGAGAGGCAUGGAGAUCAGCCCUAUGUGUGACAAACACAACGCCUCUGUACAGAAGAGCCAGGUAAAUACAGUACACACAAACAGUAUAUACACACACACACACACACAAGCACAAACACACAUACAAUAGAGUAGACACACACACACGUGUUUUACUAUUCUUGUGGGGACCAAACAAUUGAUUCCAAUUGAAAAUCCUUAACCCCAAACCCCUAACUCUAAGCCUAAACCUAACCCUAAUUGUAACCCUGACCCUAAACCUAACCGCUAAGCCUAAAAUAGCCUUUUUCUUUGUGGGGACCGGCGAAAUGUCCCCGCUUGUCUGAAUUUUCCUUGUUUUACUGUCCUUGUCAGGACUUCUGGUCCCCACAAGGAUAGUAAAACCAAAAAAACACACACACAACAAAAAGUAAGUUAAUAUCGGUCCAGACAAGUUAUUUAAGCACAACAAGCUGAUAUUAAUUUCCCUCUCCCCUCUCCUUCCUCAUACCCCUCUCCAGGUGGGGUUCAUUGACUACAUCGUCCACCCUCUGUGGGAGACAUGGGCUGAUCUGGUGCACCCUGACGCUCAGGACAUUCUGGACACUCUGGAGGACAACAGGGAGUGGUACCAAAGCACCAUUCCCCAGAGCCCCUCGCCCGCCCCGGACGAACCCGAUGACGGCAGCGGACGUCCCCCCGGAGGGGACAAGUUCCAGUUCGAGCUCACCCUGGAAGAGGACGGUGAGUCGGACACGGAGAAAGACAGUGGGAGUCAACCAGAAGAGGAGGAGAAUAGCUGUAACUCGAAAACGCUCUGCACGCAGGACUCGGAAUCCACGGAGAUCCCGUUGGACGAGCAGCCGGAAGAGGAGGUGGAGGAGGAGGUGGUGGUGGUAGAGGAGGAGGAGGAGGAGGGUGAAGGGUUACGCAGGGAACCAAGUAUGGCGGAGUUGGAGGAGGAGGAUGAGGAGGGAGAGGAGGAAGGGGAGGAUACAUAG